AUGGCUGCCAUGGCUCGAGCCGUAACAGAGGACUUGAAGCUUUUAUCGUCGAGAGUGAGUGGUAGACGGGACUAUGAUCAUACCUGGGGUCGUGACAACCCGACAUGCAUGCGCUUGUACUCUGCGCCGACGUCCAAGACUGCUCUAUCGGGCUCAGGGUCGGCGGGAACCGCUGUUGAUGGCAUACCAGGGAGCUCGAUUCGAGAAAAGCCCCAGGGAGGCCCCUCUAAUGGAGGCUCAUGUGCCUACUUGGGUCGUGGUCCUGAUGGUGCUUUGGUGUGGCGAUAUUGGUCCCCUCCGAGCCAUCGUAACGUCAUACGUCCCAUCCGCUCCUUGAGAACGUCUAUCUCCAGUGGAGAGAUACACUUGCUCUACGGCAACGCUGAGGUGUACGUCUUCAAUCCUCACGAACUGAGAUUCCAAUGCAUAACUUUUCUACCAGGAGAAGAAGGUCGUCUGCGCUACAAAUGGACCUCGUCAGCUAGGACCAUGAGUGCUCUGUAUACGACAUCGAACCCUCGUAGUGCCUCUAGGGGUAUAUACUGGUCCUUGCCGCUCAAAUAUGACGUCACCCGUCCAUCGAUUGCCCAAGCCGGUGAGAUGAUCCCUCCUAUGAAGCGCCUACUGUCAUUCCCAGGGUCCGUGAUCCAGCAGAGUCUCAUCCCACCAACGAGGAUCGCCUGCUCAUCCGAGGUGGCAUCCCACUGUUGUGACGGCAACGUCGUGAAGGCCGCUGAGAGUGCCAAUUCAGUCUACUGGCUCCUCUCCAGCGGGAUAGUCCUCCAUGCAACAGAUCGCCAUCUUCUGCCUCGUGUCAAGCCUGAAGGACUUGUCUUAGAGAGCAUGCCUAUGACGGAUCUUGCCAGACGGUUCAGUCGCAUCACUGAGGCCGAUGCUCGAACGCUAGUGAAUGACUCAGUCUUGGCACCUUUAGUGCGGCUCCUACGAAUACCCUAUAAAGUUCGAACGAUAGCCGCGGGGUGGAAGCAUGCCCUGUUCGUGCUCUGUGAGGAGGAUAGAGUUUUCGGAAUUGGUGACAGCAGUCUGGGUCAGCUGGGUCUGGGUGACCAACAAUUGUAUGCUGCUGUCCCUACUGAGGUCAGCAACUUACGUAGCAAGGCUGUCAAGAACGUUGCUUGUGUGGUCACAGGGGGCAGUUGGGCUGUGGUGGAGAUGUGA